GGCUGUCGCGAUGGCGGACUCUGAGCGACAGCCAACGAUUAUUCUGUACUCCAUUAGCACAGAUGGUAUCAAGGAAGCGAGACGCCUCAGUCCGGACCCCGAAUUUACAGCUGCUCCGGGUACAGAGAACCUUGCUCCCUUGUAUCUCACAGACAGCGCCGCCCUGCUCACAGUAUCCACGGCAAUCCCCUCGUCCACACUCACCUUGAUGGUCGAAAGCGAUUCGGAUCAGAAGAAAGUUCAGCUGCCAGCGUCAAUGGAAGCGGACUUCCUAUAUCCGACGUCUUUGGCGGGGAUAUCCCCUUCGUCCAUCGCCAUUGCUGUCGCAGAGUCGCAUUCCUCCGCAGAUUUCCAGCCUAUUGUUGCUGGAUGCACCAUCCACGGUCUCGAUCUGUCUCCACUGGCACUGCAAUGGCGCACGCCAAUCAAGCACGGCGUCAAUCGACUCACACAUCACCCCGAUCUCCAUAUUCUAGCGGCCAUCGGUACUCGCUAUUCCCCAAACGUCUCAGAGCCCCGCUCGACGCCCAUGAUCACGCUCCUUGAUGACAAUACGGGCGCUAUUAUUAAAGAGGCGGAAGUUCGAGGUCUCGCGAUGGACCAGCUCAAGGCGUUCUCUUGCUCUGCGAGCGAUCAUCUUGUUCUCGUGUUGAACAACGGGCGGUUCAUGGUGAUCACGCUUCAGGAGGUGCUGAAGAAUGGCUUGCCUCAUAAGGACGGGGUGCUGAAGACGGAGCCAAGCCCUACCGCGCCUGAACCGUACAAUACCAAGGCGCGCAAAGCGGGAGAGGGAUGGAGAUGGGUGGACCAUGUCGUGGUAGGACCUCGCAGGAUUUUCGUCUUCCCACUUCGAGGCCCGGAGUUCUACGUGUUAGGGUACUGAAGAACAUAGGAGCGCGAUGUAUACAACUGCUGUUCUGAACCUGUGCUUUUGGUAAGGAUGAUAUGUAUGCACACUUUUGAAGGACCCGGUUUUUGAGGGCUAAACUCUCUCAAUACCCGAUAUGAGAUCCUGAGACGGUUCUACCAUUCUGAGGAGGAAGUCCGUAACGACUGUCAUGAAGAGGCGUGAUCGUUCAUAAAUACAAGAUCAACGAGAAAUGAUUGAGCAUAUUACUCGAGGCGGUUGACAGUCAAAAUGGCAACACGCCCGUCUUGCUCGAUCCCGUGAUUUACAC